GUUUGGAGCCGGCCAGCCAUGAACGGGAUCACGAAGAUCAAGGAGAAGAGCUAUUACGACGGCGAUGAUGACCGUGCCAUGGUGAUUAAGAAGCCAGGUCCGUUGAGGACCGUCUCCUGGACGGAGAACGUCGAGGAGAGCAACUUGGAUGUGCCGGGAACGCCCAGGACACCGCGUACAUCCACAACCCCAGGUCAUGAAAAAUGCACGUUCCAUCACGAUUUGGAACUGGAUCACAGGCCGCCCACACGCGAAGCGUUGCUUCCGGAAAUGUCACGGAGUUACAGGCUACUUUUGAGCUCACUCGGCGAAGAUCCAGAUCGGCAGGGUCUACUGAAAACCCCGGAACGUGCCGCGAAAGCUAUGCUUUUCUUCACGAAGGGUUACGAUCAGAGUCUCGAGGAUGUGAUAAACGACGCGGUGUUCGACGAGGACCACGACGAGAUGGUCGUGGUGAAGGACAUCGAAAUGUUCUCCAUGUGCGAGCACCAUUUAGUCCCGUUUUAUGGAAAAGUCUCGAUCGGUUACCUGCCUUGCAAGAAGAUCCUCGGGCUCAGCAAAUUAGCCAGAAUCGUGGAGAUCUAUAGCCGGCGUCUACAGGUGCAAGAACGGCUCACUAAGCAGAUCGCGGUGGCAGUGACCAAAGCUGUGCAACCAGCGGGGGUAGCGGUUGUCGUCGAAGGAGUACAUAUGUGUAUGGUGAUGAGGGGAGUGCAGAAAAUCAACAGCAAAACGGUCACGUCGACGAUGCUGGGUGUGUUCCGUGACGAUCCAAAGACCCGCGAGGAAUUCCUGAAUCUGGUCCACAACAAGUAAAUGCCGCAUGUACACAGGCUCUUCUCUUCAACGAUGUCGUUACCAUUGGCCGAGGGACCACGUAACCAAAAUGGCCCCGACACGAUUCUUGCCCCCCGCCCCAACGUUUCGCCCCGCUGCUACCUCAAAAACAAAAAAGCGUGUCCAAAAGGAAGUUGACUUCGGUGGCGAGCUUACUUACAAACGUUCCCUUUGGUUAUUUCGUAAGAGGAUUGCUGGAUACACGCCAAUGUUAUGAGAAACAACAACAAAAAACGAACAAAAAAAAAAGAUCCUAAGUAAUAUGUAAUUCUAUUCGACGACUCGUAUAGUCUUGAUGACUAUUUUCCGAGCGAGUGACAAGGUUGGACGACGUUUGUCUAAGGACGUCUCUGAUAGGACGCUCUUAAACUGCUGAUCGAAUGACACAGAGACAAUAUGUAUAUGGUAGUGUAAUUGCGGAAACUUUACGUAUGUUCGACCAAUUAUCGAUAGGUAUCC